CACUUAUCUAUCAGACAUGCGACAGCUGAAGGGUGAAUCCACCACAGGCGAACAGGCCUUCAACCCAAACCAACAUGUCCAGUAAAGCCGCUGUCAUCUUCACUCCUACCUGCUGAAUUAUAAUGCCCGCGCCUGCUCUGCUCCAAUUCACACAACCGAGCGAUUCUGAGCAACUUUUCCGCGGCUUAAAAUGACGACUAAAACUGUGGAUAAAGUGGCCGAGUCGCUCAGUGAGUUCCUGCGCUCCAUCCCGGUGUACCCCAUGGAUGAGAUCCCCUCAUCAUUACCCAGCGGCUUUGCUAAUGUAGACGCGGGAAACGGCUCUGAGUUCAGUGAGGCGGCGGGAGGUGGCCUGAGCGCUGACAGCUUCUCCGUGGAGAAAGAAAGUCUGGACUUUGCAGAACCUCAGAACUCGCCUCUUUCCUACACGGGCAAAAUCUCCAUUGACUCUCAGUUCGCGCAGGGCAGCUGGACUCAGGAAGGUCUGAUCAGCCUGGUGUGUGCGGAGGUAGAAGGCAAGACCACCGCCCUCCCCGCGCUCUCCUCCGCCUCGCCAGCGCCCACAGACCUCUCCGGGGCUCCAGGGCCCCCUGAAGGGCCCGGAAAAGCCCCCUCCUCCGCAAUGGAGCACAUGUACACGCCGCCCCCUCCCUACACCUGCAGCGCUGAUGUCUAUCAGGAUCCCUCCGCGUACUCCUCCGCCACCUCGUGCGCUGUAACGCACCCGUGCGCCAUGUCCUACUCCUCCUCGCCGAAGCCCACGGUGGACGGCGCGCUCUUCUCCAUCUUGCCGGACUACGGGGGCUUUUAUCAGAGUAGCAGUGGGCCACGGGACGUCCCACCUAUUCUCCAGGACCGAAAGCCCUUCUCGUGCUCGCUGGAGUCCGUCCGAGUCCCCCCGCCGCCCCUCACGCCCCUCAACACGAUACGCAACUUCACGCUCGCGGAGGGUCCGCGGGCGCCCGCGCGCCUCCUCCUCCCGCCUCCGCCGCCCCUCGCGCACGCCGCCCCGCUGCGCCCUAUUGCGCGCCCCCGCAGGUACCCGCCGCGCGCGUGCAAGACGCCCGUGCACGAGAGGCCGUACCCAUGCCCGGCCGAAGGCUGCGACCGCCGCUUUUCGCGCUCCGACGAGCUGGCGCGCCACGUGCGCGUGCACACGGGCCACAAGCCCUUUCAGUGCCGCAUCUGCAUGCGCAGCUUCGGCCGCAGCGAUCACCUCACCACGCACAUCCGCACGCACACGGGCGAGAAGCCAUUCGCGUGCGACCUGUGCGGCCGGAAGUUCGCCAGGAGCGACGAGCGCAGACGCCACGCGAGGAUCCACCAGAGACAGAGCGAGAGGCGCGAGCGCGCGAGCCAACAACAGCAGCACCAGCAGGAGCAGCAGCAGCAGCCGCCCGCUGAGGGCGCGAGGUGAAGGAGCAGCUGCUGCUGGACACAUAUGGCACGAGCCUCCGUUAUUAUCAGCACGGGACAGCACUGCGCUGAGCCGUGAAGGCAGCUUUAACGUGAGCUCGGCGUGUGAGCGUGUUUAUCUUUUUCACUGUAAGUCUGGACCAGUGGGUCACUGUCCUGAUGCUGGAUGACCCUCUGCUGCACACGCUGGAGUUUUCUCUGCGCUAACACAACUGAUCCAAUUAUUCAGCUGAGUAACAGGUCCUUCAGGUGUGUUGCAGCAGAGAAAACGUUCAGAUGUUCAGGACAGGGGUACUCCAGAAUCAGGAUUCACUCAAAAAAUGAAACAAGGGGUUUGUUUGACAAACUGCAGUGUGUCAAAAUUCAUUUUCAACAGCAAUUUAAUUUAAUCUAGGGCACGUGUGUCAGGCUCCAGUCCUUGCGGGCCGAAACACUGCAGACUUCAGCACACUGCCUCAUUAAACACACCUAAUUCAGCUCAUCAGCUGAUUAGCAAGGCCUUCAUGAACUGAAUUCAGAGUGUUAGAUGAAGGUAAACGCUGAUCUCCACAGCACUUUGGCCCAGAAGGUCCCCUGUUUGACAUGCCAGUUCUAGGGCCUGAACAAUAGGAAAUUUUUGACUGAUACUGAUAUUGAUUUAUCAGUUUUAAAAAUUCCUUGUAAUACUGGCCAAUAUACUCUAAUACUUUUAGUUACCCCUAUUGUACCUAAUGUCUCAUUGGCAAUGCAUUCAAAGUCUCGUCAUUAAAAUCUGCUGCUAGAGUAGUUACGACAUUCAGAUUAGGGAUUAUUUAUUUGUUUCAUCAGAGUAACAAAAAUGGUGACUAAAGUGUUGAGUAUCUGUUUUCAGCUGUUAGAUCAUGUUCUUUACAUAUUCAAGUAAACAGCUUUGAGAAAUGAAGUUAAUAGAGGCAUAAAAAGGAGAUUAAAAUACAAAAACACUGUUUUUUACACUAUAAAAUAAGCCACUAAAUAUCGGUGGCCUAUCAGCGAGAUUUGUGCCGUUAUACCGAUAAAUCGCCAGGACGCCAAUACGGUCAGUCAGCUGAUAUAUCAGUCAGGCCCUAGUUUCAACUGCAUUUUAAACCCAUAUAAGUUGACUUUAUUUUAGUGAAAAAGUGAUGCAUAAUUAAAUUAUGGUUAACAGUUUCUUUUUCUGAGUGUUGAGAAGCACUGGUCUGGACUGUAGAAGCUUCUGUUAAAAGUUUCAAGCUCUGUCUAUUCUCGUUCUUGUAACUAAACUGUCUAAAAAGUUUACUGUUUAAAAAUUUUAGCGCUGCUAGUGUCCAUGUUCGUUUUCAGAUGUGGACGGAUCACUGCAAGAAAUAGAUAUUCAUCCUAUUCUUUACUUGCCUAGUGUCAUCUGAAGUGUCAGUAUGAUGCUCGCUCUUACUUUUUUGUGCUGACUUGUUUUGGGAAACUGAGCCUUUAUUCAGAACUUUGAUUUGUUCUUAGUGUGUCCUUCUAACAUUUGUUCUGUACACAAAAGACCUGUGGCAAGAUCUGUUACAAGAUGUGAACCUGCAGCUAAUUUACUUGUGUUGUAAAUGGACAAAUAAACAUAGACUGGAUUCU